CGGAAAGAGGGAGGAGACUACUGCACCAGUAGCGGCUGGUGGGAGCCUCAUGUGGCAGAGGGGCUGCCACCACCAAGGGGGAGGCGGAGGGCCCGAGAGCAGAGUGCUGAAGACACCGCCGCCAUCCUCCUCGCCUGCUCAGCCACCCUCCUAAACAGGCUCUUCGCCUAAGGAUCCUCCCCUUCCAGCUCUUGCAAACACCCGGCUCCUCGUCUGCGGAUCCUUCUUGGACGCAGGCUCACCGCAAAGGAAGCUGCGAGGUGUCCGAUUUGCACACGUGAAGCCCGAGAUCCGGGGCGGUGGACGCCAGGCAAGGCAAGACAUGAAAACCCCCAACUCGCAGGAGGCCGAAGGGCAACAAACCAGGGCAGUGGCAGGACGGGCCACUGGGUCUGCAAACAUGACGAAGAGAAGAGCCUCCCAAAAGAAGCAGAGAGGCAGACCUUCGUCCCAGCCCCGCAGGAACAUCGUGGGCUGCAGGAUUUCACACGGAUGGAAGGAAGGCGAUGAGCCCAUCACCCAGUGGAAAGGAACCGUUCUGGAUCAGGUGCCUAUAAAUCCUUCUCUUUAUCUGGUGAAAUAUGAUGGAAUUGACUGUGUCUAUGGACUGGAACUUCACAGAGAUGAAAGAGUUUUGUCUCUUAAAAUUCUUUCCGACAGGGUGGCAUCAUCUCAAGUCAGUGAUGCAAACCUUGCAAAUACCAUAAUUGGUAAAGCUGUGGAACAUAUGUUUGAGGGUGAGCAUGGUUCUAAGGAUGAAUGGAGAGGAAUGGUCUUGGCCCAAGCACCUAUCAUGAAAGCCUGGUUUUAUAUUACCUAUGAGAAAGAUCCUGUCUUGUACAUGUACCAGCUUCUAGAUGAUUAUAAAGAAGGAGACCUCCGUAUCAUGCCAGAGUCCAGUGAGUCUCCUCCAGCAGAGAGGGAGCCAGGAGGAGUUGUAGAUGGCCUGAUAGGUAAACAUGUGGAAUAUACCAAAGAAGAUGGCUCCAAACGGAUCGGCAUGGUCAUUCACCAAGUGGAAGCCAAACCCUCUGUGUAUUUCAUCAAGUUUGAUGAUGAUUUCCAUAUCUAUGUCUAUGAUUUGGUGAAAAAGUCCUAACUGUUAGGGUAAACUUUGCCACAUUUGUGAAAACAAAUGUGUACUUUGUAGACAUGCAAAAUAAUGUUACUUUUCAGUGUAUUGAAAGCUUUAGGGUCCCUGUUAAUCCGACAUCUUUGCCAGCAUAACUGUUGUUUUGUCCUGAAAAAUACAAAUUUAUGUGGCCAUGA